UUGCAUGUUUCCUUUUCAGACGAGGCAGAAGAGAGUGAAUCGACAAAGAAUACGACGUGUAGUCAAUGUAACUGUGCACGUGAGACGACUAGCAGUGAUAGCAGCACUAGUGAAAGCAGGACAGUUGCGUGUGGCGAUCAAGGGGUGAAAGGAGUGCCAGCGUUCAUGUUGCCCAAGGACGACUAUUUCCAAUAUCCUGGUGCUCCUGGAGGGCCGCCACCCAGAAUACAACCCCCUGGUAUGGCUCCUCCUUGUGUGUGUCCACAUCAAGCACUGCCAAAACCAAUAGCUCGUUCACAUCAUACACCUCGUCACCAUCACAAAUCGGUGAAACAUCAACACCGACCAGCAUCUGUUCCGAGGCCGAACAAGCCCAAGCCAAUGAUUGCCCUACCGCAACCGUUCCCUAGGGAAGCUCCCCCUCUAUUUCCCCCAGCACCUGGACCUAUAAUAGCUCCGAAUCCUGCUCCUAGAUCAGUAUAUGCCCCUGGACCAAUGGCUCCUCCUCAACAACAGUUUCCUAAGCCUGCUCGUAUUCAGCCUUCGCCGCAACCUAGACCACCACAAUUCAACCAAAGGCCUGCAGAUUUUAAACCAGUUUGUCCCCCUCCGCAACCGCCAUGUCCUCAUAAGCCCAUGGCUCCUCAAAUGGCUCCAAUUGGUGGCCCGUUCCCCAAUGGGCCGUUCCCCAAUGGGCCUCCCGCCCGACAGCCUGCUUUUCCGAAUCAGGCAGCUGCACAACCGCAACCUUUCCAUAAUCAUCCACAUGGUCCUUGUGGCCCGCAUCUGCACCCGCAACCCUGUGGUCCUUAUCCUAUGAGAUAG